UCCUUAUCGUUUCCCUCAGCUGCCCAGCCGGCUCGCCCCCGCCCUACGCCGCCGCAAUCCAGCAACCCCCCACCCCAUAUGCCGCCGCCGUGCCAGCCCUCAACCUACGCCGCCGGCACGUCAGUGGCAGCUUUCCUCUGCCGCUCCUCUUCAUCGGCCGGAUUUCACGCAUCCCCUGAUUCCGAUCCCCUUUCUUUCCCUUCAGAUCAAGAGAAGACCAUUGGAGAUACUUCCACCGCUAUGGGACCUUAUGCAAAUUCAGGCUGGUCAGACCUCCCCGUGGAUCUCCUCAUCUGGAUACUGCAUCUCCUUGAGCUCCCCGAGGCCCUCGCCUUCCGUGCUGUCUGCUCGUAUUGGCUUUCUGCAUCAGCGGCCGCAGGCGGUGUCGCAUAUCGCCAGACGCCGUGGCUCGUGUCCUUGGCGGGUGAUCCUCUUCCAGCAGGGCAUCAGCAUCGGCAUGUGCGUCGUGAUUUAUGUGAUCCUGCUGCUACUACUGAGCUCCGCAGCCUCCUGGAUCCUGAUAGAACUUUUCAGAUCAGCUUUCCCAGGGGACAGGCCGUGGCCUGCUGCGGCGCCUCCCAUGGCUGGUUAAUCAUAGCGAACGAGCUCUCGGAUCUCGUCCUAUAUGACCCCCUCACCGCGGCGUUGAUCCCGCUCCCACCAGUCACCGGUUUUGCAUCGUGCAUCGAGGGGGUCUACGGAGACGAAGGGAAGAUCGUGGGCUAUCGUUACGGGUGUUACAUGAUAGGACAUGUUUAUGAUGGGCAAAUAGCUCCCAUGCGACGUCGUUGAGUUGAAUUGUUUUUCAUGCGA